AUGGCCGCCCAGUAUCCCGAGGGCCGCGUCCUCAUAAUCAUGACUGGAGGAACGAUCUGUAUGAAGUCUUCGCCUGAUGGACUGGUUCCAGCUAGGGGAUUUUUGAAUGAAGGGAUGGCGCCGAGGCCUUCUUUCAAUGAUGGAUCUAUGCCAGAACCAUUACCGAUUAUGACCGAUUCUACAACUAAAAAAUAUGUUACGAGUCUACGAACACCACCUAGCACAUACUCACGCCAUGUCCGAUAUACGCUUUACGAAUUUUCUGUCCUGCUAGAUUCAUCAUCCAUUUCCUCCGCAGGAUGGACACAGAUUGCGACUACCGUUCAGAACAACUAUUCGCUCUUCGACGGGUUCGUGAUUCUUCAUGGAACAGACAGUCUAGCUUAUACCAGCUCAGCUCUUUCCUUCAUGCUUUCUCAUUUGGGGAAGCCUGUCAUUCUUACCGGUUCGCAAGCUUCCAUUUUCGCUCUACAAUCAGAUGCAGUAGACAAUCUCCUUGGUUCGCUUAUCAUUGCUGGCACCUUUAUGAUUCCUGAAGUGUGUCUUUUUUUCCAUCACAGUCUGUACCGAGGAAACAGGUCCACAAAAGUCUCAGCGUCAUCUUUCGAUGCAUUUGGGUCUCCAAAUUGUCCACCACUCGCGAAGAUGACGGCGAUGGGUGUUGAGGUCAACUGGAAUCUGGUGAGGCGGCCAAGAAGCAUUGCAAAAUUCGAUGUCCUCCGAAACCUCGAUACCGCCCAUGUAGCGUGUCUUCGAAUAUUCCCAGGAAUAAAACCAGAGAUGAUCGAUGGCGUCCUCCGGGUCCCUGGUCUAAAGGGACUCAUUCUCGAAACAUUUGGUGCUGGCAAUGCUCCCAGUGGUGAAGACGGCAGCUUAACAGCUAUUUUCAAAGCAGCCGUGUCUCGGGGGAUCGUGAUUGUCAAUGUCAGUCAAUGCCAAUCUGGAACUGUUUCUCCGCUGUACGCUCCAGCAACGGUGUUAGGAAAUGCUGGAGUGGUUUUCGGUCAUGACUUGACGACGGAGGCUGCAUUGACGAAAUUAUCGUUCCUGCUAGCUUUGCCGGAAGUCAGCUACCAAGAUAUCACCACUCAAAUGCAACUCUCUCUACGAGGAGAGAUGACUGAAACGCCAGCCUCGAUGCAAUUCUCUCAUCCUUCGUCGGAACUACCACACAUCACGGAUCAGCAAACCGCUUUCACGUCUUUAGGCUACGCCAUUACAACAGGCGAUAUUGAGAAGGUCAAAAUUAUGUUAACUGGAGACCAAUUUGAUCUUCUAGGCGCACAAGACUACGCCGAAAAUACAGCUUUACAUCUCGCUGCUGUAGGACCGAAUACCGAUGUUCUUAGGGAAUUGUUACAUCGAGGAGCCAGCGUCCAUGUGAGAAAUCGAGCCAAGAAUACACCUCUGUUUCUAGCCACCCAGGCUGGAAACGUAGAGAUGGUUGAAAUAUUGAAGGAAGUUGGUGGUCAUCUUCAUGCUGAGGAAGUUGAAAGAAAGAAUGGGGACUUGAGUAGGAAGAGGCCAAGGGUUGCAGAAGUGAAUGGCCACGAGACCACCUGA